GAUGACGUCGCACAAUGGCCGGCCCCCGCGGGUAGUGGAGCCCGUUUGUUCCGCCCGCGUCGCCCCUGUAGCCGGAGCCUGUGAGAAGCGGAAGGGCCGAGGGACGCCCCGCCCGCGCCGCCGCGAUUCCAGCGGAGCCGCGGCCCGGUCUCCGGCCUCGCGCUGAGCUACUCAGGAGGCUGAGACCUGGAGGAUCACAGUUUGAAGCCAGCCCAAGAGGAAAAUUCUGCAAGACUCUUAUCCCCAGUCAACCAGCAAAAUUCUGAACUGGAAGUUUAGCUCUAAUUGUUGAGCACCAACCGUGAGCAAGAAACACAGAACUGGGUACCGAUGGAUGUGGCCGAGAGCCCUGAACGGGACCCUCACUCCCCAGAGGAAGAAGAAGAACAGCGGGCACUCUCAGAUGAUGACAUACUGAGGGAGAGCGGCUCUGACCAGGACUUGGACGGGACAGGGGGGAGGGCUUCUGAUUUGGAGGAUGAGGAGAACGUGGCCAGGGUACAGAGCCAGGAAGGGGAGAACCGCUCCGACGAGGAGGACCGAGCCAGUGAGCCCAAGUCCCAGGACCCAGACUCUGAGGCUCAUGAGUUAAACAGGGGCCCACCGGGUUCUCCAUGUGAGGAGGAGGCAGAUGAUGGCGAGGAAGACCAGACAAGUGAUCUCAGGGACGAAGCCUCCUCUGUGACCAGGGAGCUGGAUGAGCACGAGCUGGACUAUGAUGAGGAGGUCCCCGAAGAGCCGGCUCCCACUACCCAGGAUGAUGAGACCGAGAAGGCCGGGGCCGAGGAGGAUGAGGAAAAGGGGGAUGGUGCUCCUGGGGAGGAGGCCAAGCCUGGCGUCCAAAACGUGGGAGAAAAGGAACCUCCCACGGAAGCUGCCAAGGAGAAAAAAAAAGAGGACGACGAUGGGGAGAUUGACGACGGGGAGAUAGAUGAUGACGACCUUGAAGAAGGCGAAGUGAAGGACCCCAGUGACAGGAAGGUGAGGCCUCGCCCCACAUGCCGAUUCUUCAUGAAAGGUGUUGUGACACCACUGUUCACUCCUCUUCCACCAAUACCAAAUUCCAUACCACUCAGAGGCCAGGUUAAAGGGAACUGCACCUGGGGAAUGAAUUGUAGGUUUAUACACCCUGGAGUGAAUGACAAGGGAAACUACUCUCUAAUCACCAAAGCAGACCCAUUCCCACCUAACGGUGCCCCACCUCUUGGACCUCAUCCACUGAUGCCUGCCAAUCCUUGGGGUGGACCAGUAGUUGAUGAAAUUUUGCCUCCACCUCCUCCAGAACCCCCAACAGAGAGCGCCUGGGAGCGAGGACUCCGGCAUGCAAAAGAGGUUUUAAAAAAAGCAACCAUUCGGAAAGAACAGGAGCCUGAUUUUGAAGAGAAAAGGUUCACGGUGACCAUUGGUGAAGAUGAACGGGAAUUUGACAAAGAAAAUGAAGUUUUCCGAGACUGGAAUUCUCGGGUUCCAAGAGAUGUCAGAGAUAGCGAACUUGAGCCUUAUGCGGAUCCUUACUAUGACUAUGAAAUAGAGCGGUUCUGGCGCGGUGGACAGUACGAGAAUUUCAGGGUACAAUAUACAGAAACAGAGCCGUAUCAUAAUUACCGCGAAAGGGAGAGGGAGCGUGAGCGAGAGAACAGACAGCGUGAGCGGGAGCGCGACCGGGAGCGCGACCGGGAGCGGGAGCGGCGGCAGCGGGAGCGCGAGCGCGAACGGGAGCGCGAGCGGGACAAAGAGCGGCAGCGCAGGAAGGAGGAGUGGGAGAGAGAGCGAGCCAAGCGGGACGAGAAGGACCGGCCGCACCGCGAGCGGGACCGGGACAAGGAGCGGGAGAAGGAGAAGGAGAAGCCGAAGCCGCGCUCCCCACAGCCGCCGAGCCGCCAAGCUGAGCCACCAAAGAAGGAGGCCACCUCUGUCGGGCCCCAGGUGAAGCGAGCUGAUGAGUGGAAGGACCCCUGGCGCCGAUCCAAGUCUCCAAAAAAGAAACUCGGGGUGUCAGUCUCCCCAAGCCGGGCACGCAGGCGUCGAAAAACCUCGGCCUCAUCAGCCUCUGCCUCCAAUUCCUCCAGGUCAUCGUCUCGGUCGUCGUCCUACUCUGGCUCUGGCUCAUCCCGGUCCCGGUCCCGGUCCUCAUCCUACAGCUCCUACUCGAGCCGCUCUUCCAGACACAGCUCCUUCUCAGGCAGCCGUUCCAGAUCCCGGUCCUUCUCCUCGUCCCCGUCCCCAUCCCCCACGCCCUCCCCGCAUAGACUGCCCGCACGAGCCAAGGGGGAGCCAGCCCCGCCACCAGGGAAAGCAGGAGAGAAAUCCAUGAAGAAGCCAGCCCCGACCCCCGCGCCACCACAGCCUCCCAAAGCCACUGCUCCCGCCCCCGAACCUGCCAAGCCAGGAGACCCCCGGGAGGCCAGAAGGAAGGAGCGGCAAACCAGGACGCCCCCCAGGAGGCAUACACUGAGCGGCAGUGGGAGUGGCAGCGGCAGCAGCUACAGCGGUUCCAGUUCCCGAUCCAGGUCCCUGAGCGUGAGCAGCGUCUCCUCGGUGUCCAGCGCCACCUCCAGCAGCAGCUCCGUGCACAGCGUGGAUUCGGAGGACAUGUAUGCGGACCUGGCCAGCCCCGUGUCCUCGGCCAGCUCCCGCUCCCCCACCCCUGCCCAGACCAAGAAGGAGAGAGGGAAAUCAAAGAAAGAAGAUGGCGUCAAGGAGGAGAAGCGGAGGAGGGACGCGUCUGCACAGCCGCCCAAGUCCUCGAAGCCCGUGGCCGGGGGGAAGUCCUCGCAGCAGCCCUCGGCCGGGCAGCAGGCGCCCCCCGGGCAGCCUCAGCAGGGCUCGUUCGUUGCCCACAAGGAGAUCAAGCUGACACUGCUGAACAAGGCGGCUGACAAAGGAAGCCGGAAGCGGUACGAGCCCUCAGACAAGGACCGGCAGAGCCCCCCAGCCAAGCGGGCCACCCUCUCUCCAGAGCGAGGUUCUCGGGACCGGAAGUCUGGGGGGAGGCCGGGCUCUCCAAAGCCCGAGCGGCCGAGAAGCCAGAACUCCAAAGCCCCUGGAGCCCUGGCGGACAGGAAACGCCAGCCGUCUCCGCAGUCCAAGAGCUCCAGCAAGGUCACCAGUGUGCCUGGCAAAGCCACGGACGCCGCCGCUGCCCCCACCGCCAGCACCAAGUCCGGGAAGGCCAGCACGCUGUCGAGGCGCGAGGAGCUGCUCAAGCAGCUCAAGGCGGUGGAGGACGCCAUCGCACGCAAGCGCGCCAAGAUCCCGGGGAAAGUGUAGCAGGCCACCCAGCCCCGCUAGACUCUCAUGAGCUUUUAUAAAUAGGGUAAGCGCAGCCAUUUUGGAUUUUGCAGUUAAUGUCUUAUUUUGGCUGUGAUUCUUUUUAAAAAUUAAAAAAGAAAAAAAAAGUUUCUCAGCUGGAAAAGAAGCCACACAGGAGAUGAAGAUGACCCCCGCAGGACUGCACGGCCCGCCCUUCCAGAGCGGCCCGGCAGACGCCGCCCGGCUUUAUGUAGAUCAUGAGUCCCUGACACUGCCUCCCUCCUGCAGCAGCCUCCCUGGCCAUGUGUCUGUCUCCCUGUGGAGACUUCUGGAAGCGGAAUCCAAAUGGACUGUUGGCAGCAUCUUCCCUUCCACCACCAAUCAGAAGUAUGUGUGUGUGUGUGUGUGUGUAUAUAUACACACACACACACAUAUAUAUAUACAUAUUCUCGACUAAGGCCUGAUUGGGAAAUACUUCCUGUCUUUUAAGUAUCAAAUUGUUUUAGUUGAUUUAAAAACGAAAAAAACAGAAGACCAAAAAAAAAAAACCCACGCCAAGGGUAUUGUUGGGGCGUCUGUCUAAUGUGGAGGGUCUUUUUUGAGGGAUCUCCUAAAAUAAAAUAUUUUGAUAAGCA